AUGGCCAGCCAAGCACAGCAACACCAAGCCGACAACAUUGUGUCCAUUGCGAACCGCAUCAUGGCGCUAGCCCAGCGACACGCAGUCACCGCGAAGGAGGGCGGGGAUACCAUCACCGCGCGGGCAGCCCUGAGCGCUGUGUGCGAGGAACUGGCCGUGUCCACCACGGCCCCGGAGGUGUGGCUGUCGCAGACUGCGGCGUCGUCGCACACGGCCGCCGCGCUGGCGAUCCUGCUGGAGACGGACAUCAUCACGCGGCUGUGCGAGACGGCCGAGCCGGUGCCUGCUUCGACUCUUCUCAAGGGCGUUGGCGACGACGCCACCCCUGCGCUGUUUCGCUGCGCCCUGAGACAAUGCGCCGCCAGCCGUCUCCUGAACGAGCCUGUCCCCGGCCAUUUCAAGCGCAACCCGCGCACCGAGCUUCUGCAUGAUCCCUACAUCCGGGACUGGGUUCAUUACCUGGUGGACGAUGGUCUGCGCUGCGCAUCGUGGUUAUCGCGGUAUGCCGCGCAGAACAACUACUACAUCCCAGACGAGCGCCACCGAAGCGCCUUCGAACUGGCCUUUGACACAAACACCCCCUGCUACGACUACUACCACCAAAUCGACCCGCGGCGCGGCCAGCGCUUCGACACCGCAAUGGAGGGCUACUUCCGCCUGAACGCGCCCAUGCCCCUCGAAGAGAUCAUCGACCUCCGCGCCCUCUGCCCGGAAGAUGCGCUGGUCGUCGACGUCGGCGGCGGUCGCGGCCAUCACUCCCUGCGUCUGGCGCAGAGAUACCCGCGCAUGCGCUUCAUCGUGCAGGACUACGCGGACGAAGCCCCGAGCAGCGCGUCCAGCAUCGCUCCCGACCCCCGACUCCGUGAGCGGGUCAGCUGGACCAAGCAUGAUUUCUUCGGUGAGCAGCCCGUCCGUGGGGCGGCGGUGUAUCUGCUCAGCCAUAUCCUGAUGGAUCAUCCUGAUCGGGAGAGCCAGAAGAUCCUGGCGCAUCUGGCUGAGGCCAUGGACGCCCGCUCGACCCUGCUGGUGGACGACUUCUUCGACCCCGGGGAUGGGCGAUUCGGCUCGCCGCAGGGGAGUUGUCUGGCGUUGCAUCUGAUCGCGUGCCGGGGGACGGCGUUCCGGACGGUGGAGCAGUGGAUGGCGCUGUUUGCGCGGGUGCCGGUGUUGAGCGUGGGGGAGUGUCGGGUGCUGGAGCAUGGGCGGGUGGUGAUGAGUGUGUCCAGGGUCGAGGAAGUAUAGUCUUGGGGGAAUGACUGAGACAAGGACGAGGAGUCGGUCAUGUUAAUUGGUGAUUAAUGCUGCAUAUGCUUAUGAUACUGAGUAUUUGAAAGCCG